AGAGUUCAGUGGUCUUGAGUGUUGAGUAUCUAGUGAAUGUGAACACACGGACGGUUGAGUAGAAUGUUGUUCUGCUUCAGUAAUUAAAUUGCAGUAACUACCAUUUAUUUCACGAAAUUUUUGUGAAUUAAGAGUUUUAAAUAUUCCAAUCUAUUAUACGGGAUGUUAGUGGAAUCGUCAAAAUAAUUUGAAACCUGAAGUCCUAUCUGCCAAUGACAAUAUCUUGUUCUUUUUGAAAGUGACGUAUGAAUAUGGAAGCAAAUGAUAGCCAAUCCACUUCGACUGAUGACCCAUUCCUUCGCGCAUCGCUGGAAGCAGUCGCCAGCCAUGGUCAUGCCAUGGACGCACUUAGUAUCAAGCGCAGGAGUAGUUCAAGAUCGAUAAAGAGGAAGAAGUUUGACGAUGAGCUGGUCGAAUCCAGUCUGAAUACUGGAGAGAAAAACACUUUGGGACCAAAAGUGCAGAGAAUCAGGACUCAGUCGUUGACAGUUCCAUAUUCUGGAUCCGACGUGAGCGCAUUGAACGCGGUGAGCAGUCAGCAGCCGGGGGCGGCAGCAGUUGCGGCGCCGUCGGCUUCAUUCGCAGACGGGGGCGGUGGUGGCGGCAAAGCGAAGCGCUCGUCUGCGGCCAAGUCGGGCAGUGGAGGCGGGUCGGGGCGGCGAAGUCGCAAGGUGACCGGCAAGCCUCCUGGCACCACCAAGGACCUUGGCCGCUGGAAGCCCACCGACGAUUUGGCGCUCAUCACCGCCACACAACAGACAAACGACCUGAAAAUGGUUCACCGCGGUGUGAAAUUCUCGUGCAGAUUCACACUGCAGGAGAUACAGCAAAGGUGGUAUGCUCUUCUGUAUGACCCGGCGAUUUCGAGGCUGGCGAUAUCGGCGAUGCGCAAUUUGCAUCCUGAGGCGAUUGCCAAUGUCGAGAGCAAGGCUCUCUUCAGCAUCAAUGAAGAGGAAAUACUCUCUACCAUCAAAUCGGGUUCCCAGCCGACUUUGGAAACGUUUCAGGAGCUUUUGAAUAAGAACCCGCACAUAUUCUUCCAUACCCGUACUGCCAAGUCUCUAAUGAACCACUGGAACCUCAUGAAACAAUGCCAUCUACUUCCUGAUCAAACCGUUUCUGGGUCAGGCGACAUAGUAAUGUCUUUCUCUGAUGCCGAAGAAGCUAUCAAUGACGCCGAGCUUACUGAAAUGAGAGACCCUGCCCUCGAACAGGAGCUUAGCUUAUCUGAUCGACGAUCGAAGAAGGAGAUCAGAAUGUUGGAGAACGAGCUGGGACGUUGGCAGGUGUUGGUUGACUCAGUAACCGGAAUCACGCCGCAAGAAUUCGACAACCAAACUCUGGCUGUCCUCAAGGGCAGACUGGUUAGAUAUCUCAUGCGCUCCAGAGAGAUCACGAUCGGGAGAUGCACGCUGGACCACGUGGUCGACGUGGAUCUGACGCUGGAGGGGCCGGCAUGGAAGGUGUCGCGACGCCAGGGCACCAUCCGUCUGCGCAACAAUGGCGACUUCUUUCUGGCCAGCGAGGGUAAGCGGCCCAUCCACGUCGACGGCCGGCCCAUCCUCGCCGGCAACAAGUACCGGCUCAACAACAAUUCUGUCGUCGAGAUUGCUGGACUCAGAUUCUUAUUCCAGGUUAACCAAGAAUUAAUCAGCGUCAUUCGUCAGGAGGCUGCCAAACUUAGCCUACAGUCAUAAUUUUUUUAAAAUACUUUUGUACAAUAAUUUAAAAGUGUUCACCCAGUUUUUUCCAGUAUAAUAUUAUAGCCUAGUGUUAGUGGUCAAGUCUGAUCAAUUUUUACAAAAGGCAAAUGAGAAUAAUUGUUAGUUGUGUUUAUUUUCAAAAAAAAAUCUCAGGAAACGAUUAAUUCUCAAAUAUUUAGAGGUAAAAUUAUUAUUUUAAUCUUAGAUUAGUCUGUAAAUUAUCUUACUUUUCUAAAUGUGUCAAUUCAAGAAAUUUGACUUGAUAAAUGAAUAGCAGUUGUAUUUUUAGUGUUUACAUUUCAAUAUCAGAUAACUUGCUGUCGUUAGAUAUAGACAAAUAAUAUAUAGACUUGUAUUAAAACGGAA